CACGUGGCGGAGAUGCUGGCCGUGCGGAAGAGGGGCGUGGCGAACCGGCUGUACAGAGCCUUGGGGCGUUUUAUCGCUUUGGGGCAGAUUGGCGCGUUGCCGGCGUCGGCCAGGCGGAUCCUCGGCUCGGCGGCCAUGUUCUUGGACAAGCCAGGGCGCGAGGCGCUGCUCCGCGCCAGGGCGACCAUCGAGGAAGUCGCGGCCACCGGGGCCUUGGGGCCGUUAGCCGUGGUGGACGGGGACCUGGUGAGCUGCUUCGGCAGUUUCGAGUGGCCAGCGAUCCCUGCGUGGUGCACCCGCGCCGCCGCCGAAGCGCGCCUGCCGUGCGGCGACACGGUGUUCGUCGACCGCGGUUCUGGGCAGAGCGAGCCAGACGGGACGCCGAUGGCGCCCACGACGAUCGGAGCGCGCGCUCGCGGGGUGAAGGAUGACACCGCGUCUGCCGACCUCGGGGAGUGGGUUCACGGUUGGUUCCUGGACGACGGCCAGAUCUACAGCAGACCUCACCAGCUU